CAGGGCACGCGCCCGUUUCCCCGACACCGAGCACAACCUCGCGUUUUUUUCCCUUCCCUCUCCCUAGUCCCAUGGCACCUCUCGAUCCAAACCCUAGCCCUAACCCCCAAAAUCCCAGUUGAAGGGGGCGAGAAAGCCGAGAGAGCGGGAAGGAUCGGGGCUUGGAUGGAGGAUGAGGGGCUCUCCUCCUCACGGGGGAACCCUAGAUUCCCGCAGGGGGACCGCCCCCCGCGGCCGGCGCCGGUGGCGGAGCCGCAGCCCCCACCGGGCCGUUCACUCCCGACGAUCCUAGACCGGUUCCGUGCCAUGCUCCGGGAGAGGGACGAGGAGCUGCGGGAGGCGAUCGGUGAGGACCCACCCCCGCCCCCGACCGCUGGGGAAAUCGUCCGGCUCUAUGAGGAGCUCCUCUCGGAGCUCACCUUCAACUCGAAGCCCAUCAUCACCGAGCUCACCAUCAUCGCCGGCCAGCACCCCCAGCUCGCGGAGGGGAUCGCUGACGCCAUCUGUGCUCGGGUUCUUGAGGUUCCUCUGGAUCAAAAACUACCCUCCUUGUAUCUUCUGGAUAGUAUUGUGAAGAACAUAGGUCGUGAAUAUGUGAGGUAUUUUGCAGCUCGCCUUCCCAAGGUGUUUUGUGAGGCAUACAAUCAAGUCCAUCCUAGCCAGUAUCCUGCCAUGCGCCACCUUUUUGGGACUUGGUCCCAAGUCUUCCCUUUAUCAGUACUUCGCAAGAUUGAGGAUGAACUCCAAUUUUCUCCUUCUAAGAACAGCCAAUCAUCAGGAAUUACAAGUAUGAGGCAGUCUGAAUCUCCAUCUCCUCGUCCAUCUCAUGGCAUUCAUGUAAAUCCUAAAUACCUAGAAGCACGACAUCUGUUCAAGCAUUCAACAACGAUGCGUGCGGUAGAAAGUCAUGAUAAGGCGCAUAUGACUGAUUUUGAUGGAGAGCAAAUGGAGGGAAAUGCAUCAGAGGGCCUCAAAGGAUGGUCUGGAGGUUCUCCAAAAUUUCAUGACAUUGAACAUGCUAGAGGAGUUUCUUCCAGUUUGCAAGUUUAUGGGCAGAAAUCUUCCUUGCAAUGCAACGAGUACGAUAUUGAUCAUCCUGAGGUGCUUCCUUCACGAAGAGGGAUAGUAAGAACAGGUUCACCACUCACUGCAGCCACACGUGCAACCUCUAUAGUUGAAGUGGAAGGUCCAACCCGUCAUUCAAAGAGCAAGUUUUCAAGGUUUUCACCUCCACCAAUAAUUGGACCACGAAAAUCAGUAUCACCUCCCACUGACAGAUUCUCAAGACGUACUUCUCCCAGGAGGGUUCUUAAAAGGACUUCUCCAUCUCAUUCAGAAGCUGGCAGAGGGACUAAUCAGAACGGUCGGUUUGAGAGGAGCUGGCCUUGUGAUGAUGCUACCGAGCAAGUAAAAUCUUCCAUGGCAUUCAGCCUUAAUAGUGGAUAUGCCAAGCAGCACUCAAGAGACCUAAUUGAUGCAUAUGGAAAUUGUAGAGGGAAAAGCACUUCUCUUGAAAAGCUUCCAAAGGUACAACGGCUUGAUGUAAAUGGCAUAGCUAGUGAGGCAGCCACUAGAAAAUGGAAGAAUUCUGAGGAAGAAGAGUAUGUUUGGGAGGAUAUGAGCCCAACUUUAUCGGACCGAAGUAGAAGAAAAAGCCAGCCACCCUUAGGGCCCAGUACUGGAAACUUAAGCAUAAGGGGUGGUUUAACUAGACCAGAUGCUUCACUGCUGGAACAUGAUUUUGGAAGGCACAGUUGGCCUGGCCAAGCUCAGCUGCCUGCAAUUGAUGAUCCUGCUUAUACUGUUGAAGAUAGGAUACAUUUCUUUGGUAAUGCUCAUGGAUCAAUGAAUAGGAAGUAUCUGGAUGGCAUAGUAAAUCAGCACAAGUUGUUGGCAGACAGUCAGGGUUCUCACCACACGCAUGAACCUCGGAAGUUGCCUUACAUGUUCCCACAAUCUUCACAACAGAGCCUUAGUCCACGGUUGCGAGGAAGGGCUUCUCAGAUGCCUGUUGCAGCAAGUGGAAUAACACCUUCAAUUGGUAAUAAAUUGCCCAAUCUUUACGAAAAUACACCAGAUAUGGAAGUGGCAUUUCAGACAUUAUCAAGCUCUCAUUCUGACCCUUUUAAUGUGGACACAUCCACAUUGGAGAGGUAUUUGCCACAAAGACCACAUUCACCCCCUCAUGCUCCAACUGUAUGGCCUCCAGUUCAUAAAUCUCAGCCGCUGCCUCUACUACCUGUUCCUCCAAAUCAAAAGCAGUGUAAAAGUCCUUUUGACUUUCUAGAAGCUAACAAGCCUUUACUGAACCAAGGCCCAGAAUCAUCUUUCUAUUUUUCUCAGCAUCAGAAUGACACUGCUGAUAGAAAAAAUUUGAACUCAAAUAAGUUGCUUCAAGUACCAUAUCAACAGCCUGGCUUAGCUCUUGAGAAUCGUCAGAGCCAUGAACGAGGCACUACCAUGCAAAUACAAGCUCAGGAGGCUCACAGAGGCUUAAUUCCAUCUGCACCAGCUCAGCUUUCAUCUCAUCUAGUGGCUCAGCCCUUAAAUCAUGUACAAUCAUCAGGACAGGGUGUUGCCAUGGUUUCAGUUUUGCCUAAUCCAUUAUCUCGGUUACCUUCUUCUGUGGCAAUGAACAAUAUGCCUGAUACCUCUUUACUUGUGGAUGCUAGCAUUUUACCUCCUUUGCCUCCAGGACCACCUCCUGCCUCAUCACAGAUGGGACCUGUUUCUCAAAAUGCGGGCUCUGUGGUAUCUAGCUCACCUGCUAGUGCAUUUUCUGGUCUGAUCAGUAGUCUUAUGGCACAGGGUUUGAUAUCGCUGAAUCCACCAGCCCCAUCACAGGAUUGUGUGGGGGUAGAAUUUAAUGCUGAACUUCUUAAGGUGCGGCGGGAGUCGGCAAUUAAUGCUUUGUAUACUGAUCUUCCAAGGCAAUGCACAACAUGUGGCUUACGUUUCAAGCGCCAAGAAGAGCACAGCAGUCACAUGGAUUGGCAUGUGACUAAAAACAGAAUAUCUAAGUAUCGCAAGCAAAAGCCAUCGCGCAGAUGGUUUGUAAGUGCAAAGGAAUGGCUUAGUGGGGCAGAAGCACUUGGAAAUGAUGUUGUUCCUGGCUUUUUGCCCACCGAAGCUGUUACAGAGAAGAAGGAAGAUAAAGAAAUGGCAGUCCCUGCAGAUGAAAAUCAGACAGUGUGUGCAUUAUGUGGGGAGCCUUUUGAGGAUUUUUAUAGUGAUGAUACUGAGGAGUGGAUGUACAAAGGGGCAGUAUAUUUGAAUGCUCCAGAGGGAUAUAGUGAAGGUUUAGACAGGUCACAGUUGGGCCCCAUUGUCCAUGCCAAGUGCAGAUCUGAGUCUACGGAAGGAUCUGGACAAGCUUAAGGGGGAAACUAAUGACAAGUGUGGUUGGCUUAAAGAAUUGCGGCUUAAAUUAACCUGUAAAUUACUUGGAGCAUUGCAGGCCGUUAUGGUAUGCACAGCUUUAUCUUUUUUCCCCGAAUAAUGAAGCCUGUGUACCAUAGCAUCAUGUUAAAUAUUGUACAUGUAAAUUGGCUUUCUGUAAAUUUCUCUGUUGUCAAAGUCUGUAAAUUUCAUGCAUCUACUUUUCCUCCCAUACAUUUUGCUUUUACAUCAGCGAUCCUGCGAGCUUUGGUCAUUCCUGCAGUCAUUUGAUUUUUCAGCCGUUAGGUUUAAAGAUACCAUGCAUCAUAGGAAGUCGUUACCUGCUAUCAAUCCUCUCUAUUUAGGGAGGUUUACUGCUGCUCCUUUUUCCCCUUUUAUUACAGUAAUUUGCAGGGGAAUCAAUAAUUUUUUGAGCAGAUAGCCUUUCAGUGCCCUGUCAAUCAUUGAUUUGGUGAGCACAGAUGCUUUGAAGAACAGGAAAUGCAUAUGCAGCCAUGCCAGCAGUAGCCGCCAUGUAACUUUUCUAAUGUGCCCUUUUUUCUUCUCUCUUUUGCUAUUUUCUCGGUUAUUGGCUUCCCUCUUCAUUUUGUGUUGCAACAAUGUUUUAACUCUUGUUAGGAUGGCAAAUACUUUAUUGUGGGUGGUCUAUGAGAAGGGUGGAUUAGUUUGCUCUUUCAAUUUGCUGUAUUCUAUGUUCACAUAAACUGACAGUAUCCUUCCCUAUGUACUGUCUUGACGAGUGUUAAUAAACUGUAUGUUUCCCAUUUUAAUAUCAGCCAACAUUCAGUGGAAGGCCUUUGGGGCCUAAAAGGAUCAUGCACUGUGUGAUGACCAUGCUGUAGCGCACCGCGGGAUCACGAUCUGUCAAAGCCAGUGAUAGAUGGAAAUCUUUGCAGGCGAUGGGCUUAUUGCCUGUGUUAUAGUGAUUUAGUCUCUCCCGGAUUGUAAUGUUGGUUGGAGUCCGGAGUUUCAGCUCGACCAAUUCAGAUUGUGUCUGGUCUGAAGGAUGAGGUGAUACAAUCAGAUGCAACCUUUCAUGAUGUUGUGAUAACAGCCUGUGAUUCAUGUUGAAGGUUUUCACCAUGGAUCGUAGCAACUCAUUUUUAGUUUUACGCUAUGAUUGCACUUGAUUGUGUGGUGUGACAGAGAAAUUCGGCCACAAUCUUGAAGUGUCCAGUUCCGAUAACCUCUGGAGCAGAUGUUGAUUCUGGUUAGUGUACGUAAAUUAGAUGAGAAUGAGAUCCUUGAAUUGGU